GGGAUUAGUCAUUCUAUUUACGAUGUUCGCGAAAAACAAAAACAACCAAACUGGUUAGUCGUAUAUAACUCAUAGCCAUAAAGUAAUAAUACAGUCCUGUGCCCUCUCCACAUAAUAUUGUGUAUAGUGAUAAUAUAACUUUAUAAGUAUAAUAACAUGUAUAAAACGAUUCGUUUAUGUUGUGUCGCAGUACUACUGUCUAUUGGGUUGAAGGUUGUUUUGUAAUUAUUUCAUACAUUCGUCCUCAUAUUCUGUGCUGACCCUGAAAAAUUCAAGCUUACAGUUUAUAUCUCCAGUGAAUAAAAAAAACAUUUCUGUACUUAUUGCAAAAUUAAACAGAUCUAUGAUGGAGUCAGAAUUAAAAAAUCAGAAUGACUUAUUACAGCAAUUAAAAUCUUUACGUGCAGAAAAAGAAUUAUUAGAGAAACAUGUAUUUGUACUCAAUGAGUGUUUAUCUGUAGAGGAAUUAAAAACAAAAAUAUCUAAUCUGGAAAAGAAAAAAGAGAUGUUGGGAUCGUUGGAAAAUGUUAUUGAAAGAUUACGUGCUGAGGUAGAGCCACUAAAGUAUUUGAAAUCUGUUUUGAAAACUAAAUUAGGUGAUGAGAAUAAAAUGCAAUCAAAAAACAUUUGGUCGUCAGAGUUAUCUUUUGACCUGGAACCUAAUGUUCCUAAAUACGAAAAAAAAAUUUGUAACAACACUUCUGUUGAUGUUCAAGUAGAACAACCUGUUGGAUCCAAAACUUUUAUUUCUCAAAGUGUGGAAGACAUUCCUACUAAUUUAGUUAAAACUGAUUUGAAUUCAUACUCAAAGUUUAAUAAUGAACUCAUUGGAACAUUCCAAACACCAAUGCCUUCUAAAUCUAAUUCAGUAUCAACUGUUAAUGAUGGCAGUCUUGAUGAAUGUAUACAACUAUUGGAUCAAUAUGAUAUAGUGACUGAUCAAGAAAUAUUAAAUUACCCUACAGAAGAAAACAAUUUGAAAAGUCAAAAUGUUGUUGAUCAAAAACCAAUUGAUAAUGAUAAUGGUAAUGAUUACAAAAUACAGAAUACACAGAAAGCAACAACAAGCUCUUCUUUUGAUGUAGAAGGCAUAAAUGCAAAUGUGAAAGACCAAGUACCUAUUGAAAAAGAAAUAAGAUUGAAUUUAAACAAUGCAAUUGAUCUCGGCUUUGGAACAUAUAAAGAUAGUAAGCUUCACGAGGCUAGUACAUCUCAACCAACUCUAAACAAAGAAAGUUUAUGUUCAGAUGCCAAUGUUAAUAUUGGAGAUUUGUUACUAAAAAUACCACAAUUGUUAUUGCAACAAGGAAUUGAUUAUAUUCAAGUUGAAGAUGAGUCUAAGAAAAAUGUAAAUGUUAAUACAAAUGUAUCCUCAAAAGAGAAUGAUAAAUGCAAUAAGAGAAAAGAUUUAAAGAAAGAAGUGAAUAAAUUCUUAAAUGAAUAUACAAAUUUAUUGCAAAAAAGUUCACUAAAAAUAGACAACAAUAACUUAUCCUCUAAACAAACAGAAUCAAGUCAACACGAUGAUUUACCACCUAAUGCCAGUAAUUCUGACUGUAAUAUUAAUAGCUUUAAUGAUAUGAAUUUAAAAAUUGAUAUCUUGCGUGGUAUAUACUCUCUUGGUUUUGUCAAUCCAACUGCUUUACAACAACGUGUUAUUGUACACUGCAUAAAUGGACGAGACAUAAUUGUUUUUGCUGGACCAGGUAAUGGUAGAACAAUGAUGUUCACAAUACCAUUAUUGCAACGCAUUAAAACUAAUUUAAAUGAGUGUCAAGCAUUAAUAUUAGUACCAACUCGAGACCUUGCAGUACAUAUUCAAAAGAUUAUUAUGAGUGUUGGUGACUUUUUGGGUGUUAAUGUAUGUAUUGGUGGUGAUAAUGUUCCGAGAAAACUGUCUGUUGUUCCACAUAUAAUCGUUGGUACUCCGCUUGGAGUGUCUAAUAUGAUUUUAUGUAAGUCACUACAUACUGGAUGCAUUCAAACAGUUGUAAUUAACAAAGCUGAAAAAAUGUUGACUAAUGACUACACAAAAUCAAUUGAGGAAAUAAUGAAAAAGUUAACAAAAACCAGACAAGUCACUAUAUUGACAUCGGACAAACUAGAUCAUGUAUUAGACAUUUACAUGGAAUCUUUACGUGAUCCUCUGGUUAUUAUUAAUGACAAAGAAAAAGAUAACGAUCUGCUAAAAAAUCUUCCAAAACAGUUUUAUUUAAACAUUCAAAAUGAAUGGAAAAUUAAUGCAUUUUGCGAAAUCAACGAAACAUUGAAAAUAGAGAGAUGUAUCAUCUUUUGCAAUACUUUGGAUAGAGCACGAAAACUAUACGAUUCCUUACAAAGAUUGGAGUAUGCAGUAUCACUUUUUCAUUUAGAAAUGAACGCACAUGAACGCGAGCAAAUCCUUGAUAUGUUUUCUUCAAACAUUUUAAAGAUGCUCAUCACUACAGAUCCAAUCAAAGGCAGCCAGUUUCAGCAUGCUACAGGGAUAAUUAAUUAUGAUUUACCAAUAAAUCCUAUUUGUUAUUUAGACAGAGUGGCAAAAUGUGCCAAAAAUAUAAAAGUUAUAAAUUUCAUCGAUGAAAAUGAUGACCAUACAAAAUCGGCAAUUGAAACACACAAUAAAAAUUAUAUGAUUCAGAUGCCUCUGAACAUGAUCGAUUUGUUACAAUAUUAAACUCAUAUGAUUAUAAUAUUUUUUUCAAUAUUAAGUAGUAUACAAUUCAUUACUGUGAUAAAUAAUAGUAAAUACAUAUUAUUAUAUUCUACUAUUGAACUUAACUUCUAGGAAAUGGGUUUUAUUAUUAUUUUCUGUUAUUAUACUAUUAUUUAAAUUGCAUUUUUAUUCCUAUUUUUUUUUUUUUUUUUUUAUAGCAAUUUAGGAAUUCUUUAGUUUAUAUAUAUUUUUAUAUGAUUUUACUUUAUGUGAUUUGUUUAUGCGUAAUAUUAAAAUGUUAUUCAAGAAAUAAUUUUGUGACAAUAUUUUGAAAAUUAAAAAUUCAUGUUAUCUUUUCAUAAUUAUUAUUUAAAUUAUUUUACUUAAUUAUUAAAAAUAGUAUGUUAUUACUAUGGUAAUACAUGUUUAUACUAAUAUUUUAAGAUAUUAAAGCUGACUUGGGCUAAGCUUACUA